CGGUCGAGAAAAAAAAGCAUAUCCAGCCAUUAACCUCGUUCCUUCUGGAGACAGCGGCUGGCCGCCGAACUGAAACAACUUCGUAGGAGAAACAAAUCAGGAAGAACAGCCAAGGGCAGCGAGGCUGUGGUCACGCGGAGUGGCUGGGUGUGGGACGCCCUGUAUCCGUCGCUGGCCUGCGCGUGGAUGGGCGAGGAGGGCAUGGAGUUUCUGCUUGAUGCGGUGGACAGGUUUCCCGUGCGGGAGGAGUUUGCUGAUAACAUUGAACAGCCAGAUCUGGUUCCUCUUCUGUAUUUGCUACAGAACGGGGGCGGCGGAGAGCAAGGUCCUAUUGCGGCGAACCGUGGUUCUGGGGUGGCUCAGUUGGCCGGUGGAGAUGUCUCGCCCGACGAGCAGGGCGAUGCCAGGAGACGGCGAGUUGCGUCUCCGACGAGGUCUGCUCAGUCAACCGACCGAGUUAAUCCAGAGGCCCCUAGCUGGACUAAACGGUUGCGUCUUGGGAGUGCGCCACCAGACCGUUUGCCAUGCCCAUCCAGGAUGACUGCUCUGGAGUUAACAAUCCGCAAAUAUGCGGAGCAACCAGACAAGAGCGUGAUGCGGCCUGAACUAGGCCUCAGCUUCGACUCGUUGGGUGAGGCAUACGAAUUCUACAAUCUUUAUUCCUGGGAGAUCGGCUUCGGAAUAAGAUAUGGGAAAAGCAGACUAAAUGCUCAAAGGACAAAGACGAUGCAGGAAAUUGUUUGUGGAUGCUCGGUAAGUGCCAUUACACGUGCACAUGGGAUUAUUGUGGACGCAUGGGAGCACGCGGAAUUGAUAUAAUUAUUUUUGUGUGAUUAUUUCCCUGCAGGGAAAA